GAGACUACACUCCCAGAAUCCCCCUGGCGGAAAGGCUGCGCAUGCGCAGUGCGGUGUGUGGGAGUCCAGUUCCCAGGACUGCUGUGCUGCUGCGAUCCGGAGCUCGUGCCGCUGGAAGGUACCACGAUAGAGCAAAAUGGGCUGCCAGGAAGUGCAUGCCGUGACCCUGCUGGCCUUCGUCUGUGGCACGGCCUCCAUCUCGGGCCUGUUCGUUGCCACCCUGCUACCCCAGUGGCGGCAGAUGAGACUGUACACCUAUAACCGCAAUGAGAAGAACUUGACGGUCAGCAUCGGACUGUGGGUGAAGUGCACACGGCAGGAGUGGAGCAGGGAAUGCCUGAUGUACGACACGGAGUGGUACGCUAGCGUGGACCAGCUGGACAUCCGUGUUCUACAGUUCGCCCUUCCCUUUAGCAUCCUGACAGCCAGCUCCGCCCUCAUCCUGUGCCUAACCGGAAUAUGCAACACCACCUUCAGCUCCAACGUGCCGAACUUAAAAAUUGCCAAGUGUCUCGUCAACAGUGCUGGUUGCCAUCUUGUGGCAGGCUUGCUGUACAUCCUAGCUGGCAUCAUUAGCCUGACCCCAUCCAUCUGGUCCAUAUUUUACACCAACGUGUUGAACAGAAAAUAUAGUCCUCUGUUCACCUAUGACAUUGCAGUGUUUGUCGCCAUCGGCAGCUCUGGCGGGAUGUUCGUCACUGCCCUGUUACUGUUUUUGUGGUAUUGUGCCUGCAAGUCCUUGCCAUCGCCAUUUUGGCAGCCGCUGUAUUCUCACGCACCCAGCAUGCACAGCUACAUUCCGCCGUCGUACUCCUCGCGGUCCCGUAUGUCGGCCAUAGAGAUAGACAUUCCCGUGGUUACGCACACUACAUAAAUUGGAUGUGCUAUUUUUAACACUGAACUUUCAUCUCCCAUCUAAGUAGUUGUACGGUGGUCAUUUAAAGGGUCACUCAACCCGAAACAAUAAUAUGGGUUUUCGUUAAUGUUGUUGAGUUGAAUCGUCCACAAGCUUCUCAUCUCUUGGGAUCUCUUGUAGUGAGGCAU